AAGCUUUCGGGGGCGUUUGGGCUGGAAAAUAGGGACGGAAGACUGGCGGAGGAAGGAAGGACGCCAAAGCUUGUUGGACCAUUCUCCACGCAACACCAGCUCUAAAGCAAAAGAGAGGAAACUGCAUGGGACUUGUCCUCCUGUUGGUCGUGGAAACCAUGAAAAACCUUGUUUGGGUGAAAGCAGCCACAGGUCCUCAUUUUUCAGUCCCCACAAUGGUUUUCACACAAUACAUUCAGAGCACAGUCCUGUGAAGCCAAGGAUAAUUACAGUGGUGAAACCCGGGGGACGCACGCUCAGGAGGAUAACCUUGCUUCUCAACAGGAGGUCAGUCCAGACCUUUGAGCAGUUGAUGGCUGACAUUUCAGAAGCUCUGGGAUUUCCUCAUUGGAAAAAUGACCGUGUGAGAAAGCUGUACAAUCUGAGAGGCAGAGAAAUCCGAAGUGUUUCUGAGUUCUUCAGGGAAGGUGAUGCAUUCAUAGCUAUGGGGAAGGAGCCCCUCACUUUGAAAGACCUGGAGGUGGUGUUACAAGAACUUUAUCCUGAAAAUCCUUAUGCUGCCACUGCUGCCAUUCAGACGAAUGAGGAGCAGUCCCAAAAACUGAAGAGCAGGCUGUAUGACAAGGCCUCGAAAGUAGACAGUGGCUUUGAUGAGACAGAAAUGACCAAGAACUGCAGCGAUAGCUUGUCUUCCCAGCUGGUAGCUGGACAUGAAGGAAAAAGUCAAGCCAAGACAAAGCAAGAGGAAAAAAUGAGAACCAAAAAAAAGUGGACUAGAGAGAGCUGGGGUGGUGAGCAUGGAGUGAAACCUUCUAGAAAAACAAGAGAAAGUGAAAAGUACCUUAACCAUGAGAGGAGUUCUGAGGAAGGCUUAGAAGAAAGUUCUGAGGAGGUGCUGAGGUGUGAGAAAUGUGAGCAGGAAAGGCAGGCUAGAGAAAAGUCACGGAGGGAAAGGCAGGCUGAGGCCUCAUUUGAGAAUAGAGACUUGAACACAGGCAUGUGUCAGAGGUACCACGUAGAAAGAAAUACAAAAGUCAAGAACUGCAGAAAGACUCCUGAAACCUGUCUGGAGGGUGAGGAGGUUGGCUGGAAAGAUAAUGGCAGUAGAAGGAUGUGGAAGCCGCUACACAAGAUUAUUAAUGAAGGGCUUGAGAAGCAAAAAAGGAACAUUGAGAAAGAAAGGGAUGUGGAGAAGCAUGAAAACCAUGGGAAGGAAGUAGUAAAAAUCAGGAAGAAUGCUGUAGAAGGGCUCCAGCUAUCUCAUGAAGUGAAGGAAGAUAAUGGAAGUAGCUGUGUAAUGAACCAAAGUGGUUGGCUAAAGAAAGACACUCUGAGGGAUGCUGAGAAAAUAUCUAAAACGCAUAGGGAGGGCAGAGAGGGACAAAGGGCUAAAGAGGAAGCUGCCAGAAGAGAGGGGAAUGGCGCAUGUAGAGAGAGUGACAUGAAUCGACGAGAAAAAACAGGGGAGCGUAGAGUGAGUAAGGAAGACAACAAAACUCAGGGAUUGGAAAGCACAAGCCGGAGGCAUGCCAUUAAAAGCAGAACUGAUGUGGAAAAACACUAUGAGAUUGGCAGAACUAUUGGGGAUGGGAACUUUGCAGUGGUGAAGGAAUGUCGCCACUGUGAUUCCAAUCAGAUCUAUGCAAUGAAAAUUGUUGAUAAAUCCAAGCUGAAGGGGAAGGAGGACAUGAUGGAAAGUGAAAUCCUCAUUAUUCAGAGUCUCUCUCAUCCCAAUAUAGUAAGCUUAAUUGAGGUUUAUGAGACAGAAGCUGAGAUCUACUUAAUCUUAGAGUAUGUCCCAGGAGGGGACUUAUUUGAUGCAAUCAUAGAAAGUGUGAAGUUCACAGAGCAUGAUGCUGCUGUCAUGAUCACUGACCUGUGUGAAGCACUGGUUUAUAUUCACAGCAAGAACAUUGUCCAUAGGGACCUCAAGCCAGAGAAUCUUUUGGUUCAGCACAAUGCAGAUAAAUCUACUACACUGAAACUGGCAGAUUUCGGCCUUGCUAAGCAGGUUACAAAACCCAUAUUUACUGUCUGUGGAACACCAACGUAUGUUGCUCCUGAAAUACUUGCUGAGAAGGGCUAUGGCCUCGAAGUAGACAUGUGGGCAGCUGGCGUGAUCCUUUACAUCCUGCUCUGUGGUUUUCCCCCUUUCCGCAGUCAGGACCGUGAUCAAGAGGAGCUGUUUCAGAUCAUACAGCUGGGUCACUAUGAGUUCCUAUCCCCUUACUGGGACAAUAUUUCUGCAGCAGCAAAAGACCUCAUCACCAGGCUGUUGAUAGUGGAUCCCCAGAAGCGCUAUACAGCACGUCAAGUACUUCAGCACCCCUGGAUCAGAACAGCCGGGAAAACUAACAGCAGGAAUCUGCAGAGGGAAGUGACAAUCAACAUCGAGCGCCAUUUCCGGGCCCAGCGCCGAAAGGAAGUUGUUGAUGAGGACACGUGAAAUCUUUCAUGCUAAUUUUGUCUUCUUUUUAUUGAUUAACAAAUAAUUUAUGGUUUCUUUUCUAAAUGAAUUGGGAAUUUAAUGUGUAGCUGUUGAUGGCUAUUGCCAUGCCUUUUUUUCCUUUGAUUCUGAGAUUCUGAAGGACAGGGAUCAAAUUCACAUCCACGUCUUCUGAUGUUACUUGGGAAUCUCUGUGUUGAAAGCAGUGGGGAUUAGAUAAAUUCUGGAGGGCGUCUAUUCUUCUUUAAAUACUGAUUUGGGCUUUUACAUCUUUUACAAAUGUUUGCUUCUGUGACUCACUAGUGUGAAGUCUUCUCUUAUCCUUUUUGUAUGAUAUCCUCCAGGAGAUUUGUGUUUGCAAUGUUUUCAAAAUAGCUGUCUGGAUACACAUCUUGCAGUAAUUCUUUAAACAGUCUUUUCACUAAUUCCUUCUAGCCACAGAGAAGGAAGAAUAAAAAGUAAAUAUAUUCUAUAGCUGUAGGAUAUAUUAAAUAAAGAGCCAGAUACUGUAUUUAUUAGGUUGUGAGGGAAUACAAAACCUUAUUGACUAAAUCUGAUAUCUUCUUUUUACGAUAUCUCCCUUGGCAACAUCUUUCGUUGGUUGUUCAGGGUAAUAGAUGGUACAAUGUUCCUGUUACAAGAAGGUGGUGCUGUGUACUAUGGAGGUUUCAUUUGCUUUUUCGAAGGUGGAAGAUAUGGCUGAUACCUUUUUAAGAUUCAAAUAAUAACAGCUUUCAAAGAGGAUUUCUUUCUUCUCUGGGCAGUAGGAAGUUAAGCACUUCCUACUAAGCACUAAGCAGUAGGAAGUUCUAAAGACACUUUGCUUCUUUUCCCAAAAUCAGAAUUAUGAGUGGUAACUCAGUCAUUUUCCAUAUUGAAUUUUUUCCCUCUUGGAGAUAUCCAUGUGCAUCUGUGACUUUUCCAUGCUGAUGGAGAAGAAGAAGCUUUGAAAUUCUGACUAAAGUUAACCUUGCCUUCACAGUUUCCCUGUCAUCAAUGCGCUUUACAGCUAAAUUGCUUUUUUACAUUUUUUCAGUGUAGUAUAGCAAUUGUUUUGUUUGGUUGGAUUUUUCCAUCUCUUGCCCUCACUGUGACCUUUUUCUCCUUGCUUUCAUGAGAAUAGGCAAUGGGAUGAAAUUAAAUGAAAAUCCAACUUGAGGAAAAACAACUUGUUGGCUGUGGAAAGGUCUCCCAGGGGAAGCGUCAGAUGCUUUAUUGCAUGUGGUUUUUAAUAUUUUUAUUGGAUGCUGUUUUAAAGAAAUCCUGUGGGGGAAAAUUACAGUCCAGAAAGGGGCCAUGCUCUAGACCAGCUUUUGAAUCUCAGAACUUUUGAUUUAUUAAUUAAAUUAAAAAAUCACUUGAGUUUUCCAUUUUAUAAUUCUUUGUCCUCAGGUUCCAUAUGCUAGCAAAUAAUAUUUAUGUUAGAAUAUCAGUGGUGUUGGCAUUGAAUACCCAGCCUGUAGAAAUGAAGGAGAGUGUUUUACACUUGGAGAGCUGCUGCUCUACCUCUGUAUUUCAUAAUGAGAAAUGUCAGAAACAUUUCAGAAUCAGUGGAACAUUUUCACAACUAUAUGAACCAGAAUAUUAUUUUUUGUUGAGUGCUAAUAUUUUGUGUGAACUUGCUGGAUAACCAAAAAGUGUUGGGUGCUGUCAUAAUGUUUCUGUUUCAUCUUGUGACUGUUUUGCUGCAAGAAUUAUGUAUAAAUGUAGACAUCACUUGACUCUUAAAGGAGAAUUGCACUUUAAGUUGAAUUAGCUUAUUUCUAAUAUUACUGGAAUAAGACUUGCUGUGGAGUUCAAGAAUUGGUGAAACAAACCAAUCAAAUCUUUACUGUAUGCCCAAGUAGUAGGUGUAUGAUAUGUCAUACUUCUGUUUUGGAGUCUCUGAGUGAGGAAGACUUUUCCUUUUCCUGAAAACAAGAACGGAUUUAAGCACUUCCCUGAGUUAAGGGAACCUAAUGUAACCUAAUAUUAUAAUAUUGUAUUUGAGUACUAGUAAUAAUGUAUCUUCUGUUAAUUUAAGUCUAUUUUGCAUAGGAAACUGUGGAAAAAUAGCUUAUGUGCAAUACUAUAUUUUGUAAUUAUCUUAUUUUUAAUAUAGAUGUUUAGGAAUAAAGUCUGAAGUGAUAAAAAGUAUUUAAUCAAUAAUGAAUCUGAAAGUUUGAAGAUUGUGUUACAAGUUGCCUUUUUCACCUUUAAGAACCUAUCUGCAGCCUUAUUCAUAGUGCAAAAGAUGGAGAAUUUGCUUGUAAUGAUUAUAAAAGUAAUUAUUUUUUCAAUUAUUUUUGUUUUUCUUUCACUAUCUUUGUGUUCCAGACAGGCUAAACAUGGACUGUGCCAGGUGGUCACUGCAUUGACCUCUUAAGUACAGAUGCUGCUGUGGCAGUGCUGAGGCACAGGUUUGUCACUGUUGCUAAUAGAUGUGUGUCAUUAGGCCCUCAUCCUUCAGGUUGGAGGCUGGAAAAGCUUCCAGGUGCUUCUCAGGGUUUUUACUUCUUUCUUUCUCUCCUACUUCAUUAUUCCUUCUUUUGUUGCUUCCAGUGUUCUUGAUCUGCCUUUGUGCUGUUUGAGGGAGUCCAGGUCCCCAAACAUUAUGGUUUAAUUUAUUUGUAGCAAUGAAAACUCAUAUGAUUUUGGAGAGCUCAGCCUCAAGCUUUGCUUGCUGAUGUUGAUUGGGCAGGACUAAGACAAAAAGUGGUGAAAACCCCCUCUCAUCUGCUACUGCCUUUUCUCAGGCUUUUCCCUCUGCGUGACAUUCUAAUGCAGACCUGAUCUUUAUGCUCUGUAAGAGGGUUUCUAAGAUAUGAACGAUGUUCACACUCUGUGAUUGAGGAUUAUCACUGUUCUUCCUUUCCUGAGGUUUUUCUAAUGUAUAUUGUCUCCUUGGGUUGUGGAGUCAUCUUCCCCUUAAUAUUUUUAUUUCUUGAUUGGUUCCUUUCUCUACAGUAAGCUCAAAGCUGGGGGAGAUUAUAGACUCAGAGCAAAUUCUUGCUGAUUUGUUAGGAAGAAGAAAUAUCCCUUCUUGCCCUUCCUUAAGUCUUUGUGCAUUAGAUUCUCAGAUGGCUUUGUAUUCCACUGACAAUAAAACAAGUUAUGGUGUCCUCAUCUCUUUAAAUACUAACAAUAUAUCACCAAGCAAAACAACCCUCCCCCAAGAGCUAACUGCAAAAUACUAAUAUUGCAGACCUCAACAGGAAAGUUCCACUUCCAGAGAAUUUGCUGGGUCUAAGGCAGUAGAAGGCAAGUACAUUUUUGUUUGCUGCAAGCUUUAGCAGAUCAGCUGAAUAGGAAUCCUUUCAUGCAUCUUAAAAGGGUUAUUUCUUUACUAUCUGGUAUUGAUGAUUCAAAAAAUAUUCUCCUUUUAGAAACCAGAGUGUGUCCACCAUCUUUAACCACUGACUUGGCUCUUCUUUAGUUGAGUGCAGCUUUUAAGCACGAUUGCAUAUUUUCAUGCUCUCAGACUUGAAGCAAGCACAAAGAUCCAGGCAUAUAGAAUUGAGUCAUCAGUGUUUCAUUUUGUAGUAAAACACAUGCCUAAUAGACAGAGUUGCUUUUAUAACUUUUCAACUGCCUGAAGAUAAAGCGGUUUCUGCAUAUCCCCUCCAUUUGCCACCAAGGUCAGCCUCUUCAUUUUCCCAUAUGUUAUUACAUUUCAUUUGCCCUAGACCUCACCUACCUACAUAUUUUAUAUCACCUGUCAUCUGCCUACUGUCAUUGGCCUCUUAUCCCCUUGGAUCAUUCCUAUUAUUGAAAUAUGGUGAAAUCUUGACAUAUUAACACAUGUUUUUCUUCAGGAAAUUCUGGCCUUAGAAAUGGGAAUGAGCAAAAAAUUUUGGAAAUGUUUAGACAUGUGAGACUGCAAAAGACUGGUGUUUCACACUGCAUAGUGCAUAACUGCCUGACAGUGAACAAUGAGAAUUUGGUCAUUGUUCGUAUAUUUAGUUUCUUAAUAUUUAAAAAUGUGUGCCCAGGAGACUUGUAAUUGAAGCUUGGCAGUACAGCAGAAACUGUUUCCUUUGACACACAGAUUUUUAUUCAGGGACCUUCUUAAUCUAAGAUUGUUUAGCAGCUGGAAUACCUGGAUUACUCUGGAAUAGCUGGACUCAAACACCAUCAAAUCUGCCACCUUGCUUUUGACUGGUCUUAGAGUUGGAUUUCCUACAUCUCUGUUACUGCAAUUUAUGGCUGUAGGGUGAUGGAAGGAUAAGUGGGAUGUUAUCCCCUGAGUUUAGGCCUCUUGGGUUUUGGUCCUCUUGUUAAAGUGAACUUCCAGGAAUUGACUGCUUGUUUUUUGGCAAGUACCCACACCUGGGGAGGUAUUCAGUCUGCUCGAAAAUAUAGCAAAUUUGCUGUGUUUAUAAAGUGAUCUUCCCAAAGACACAUAAGUAUCACUCUUAAAUAUUUUUCCUAUAAUUUCUUCUGUCACCUGGCUUUCUUUUAAUUUAAGCAAUGUAAGGAGGAAAAUGCUUUUUAUGUUUCUGGGCAUGCAUUUUUCUGUCUUUUUUAAGUCCACAAGUAAUACUUUACUGUUGACAUUCUUGUUCCUGAAAGGAAUUAUGGGCACUUUAACUGGGCUGACAGUGUAUAAUGGCACUGUUUGUUCUGUAAUAUGGAUUAUUUGUAACUAGGCUGAAGGUGUAAUUUUCUAAAUUAAAAUACAUUGUAGACUUCAGCAGAAAAGUUGUUAUUCCUCCCCUGUACCUCCAAUAAAGGUAAAUUAUACAGUAAAUGUUAUGUUUCAGUUCUUUCCAAUAAAUUGGGAAACAAAUGUGUGGACAAGUA